CCCCUUUCCUGUCGAAUUCCAACCAGCCUCGUAUUCUGAGCUGCUUUUAUUCUCAUUGCUUUCACGAGAACUGAGAAGAGGAAGAAAUGGCGGACGGUGAAGCAAGCGUUACCGUGUCAACCAACGGCGGUCCUCACGACUUUCGCUCGCUCCUCUCGGGAGAAGAUAGGGACUUUCUUAUCCGCAACAACGGGGAUCAGGUUAAAAUUGACAGCUUGGAGGGGAAGAAGCUUGGGCUUUAUUUUUCCGCAUCAUGGUGUGGCCCAUGUCGGCGAUUCACCCCAAGUUUUGUCGAGGUGUACAAUGAACUCUCUCCAAAAGGUGAUUUUGAGGUCAUUUUUGUUUCUGCUGAUGAAGAUGAGGAGUCCUUCAAAGAUUACUUCUCCAAGAUGCCAUGGCUUGCAAUCCCAUUUUCUGAUUCAGGCAAACGUGAUCACUUGGAUGGGUUUUUCCAGGUUGAGGGGAUACCCAACCUCGUACUCAUUGAUGAAGAUGGGAAAGUUGUGAGUGACAGUGGAGUCCAGAUUGUUCAAGAAUAUGGAGUUGAAGGGUACCCUUUUACACAAGAAAAGAUCAAAGAAUUGAAAGAUCAAGAGGAAGCCGUCAGGAGGAAUCAAUCUUUGAGAUCUAUCUUGGUAUCCCGCUCACGAGACUUUAUAAUCUCAUCUGAUGGCAGAAAGGUGCCUGUCUCUGAACUUGAGGGGAAGAUAGUUGCUCUGUAUUUCUCAUUGUUCUCAUACAAGUCAUGCGUUGAAUUUACACCAAAACUUGUUGAGGUAUAUGAAAAAUUAAAGGCAAAGGGAGAGAGCUUUGAGGUUGUGAUGAUACCACUUGAUGAUGAUGAGGAAUCAUUUAAUCAGGGUUUUGAAAGCAUGCCCUGGUUUUCCCUGCCCAUGAAGGACAAGACCUGUGGGAAGCUGGUUCGAUACUUUGAACUUUCAACCCUCCCCACUUUGGUUAUUAUAGGGCCAGAUGGAAGGACUCUACAUUCUAAUGUUGCUGAAACCAUUGAAGAACAUGGAGUUCUGGCAUACCCAUUCACCCCAGAAAAGUUUGCAGAGCUUGCUGAAAUAGAGAAGGCAAAAGAGGAAGCUCAAACCCUGGAGUCAAUUUUGGUUUUAGGGGAACGAGAUUUUGUCAUUGGGAAAGACGGAGUUAAGAUUCCAGUGUCGAAUUUAGUUGGGAAGAACAUCCUCCUUUACUUCUCAGCACAUUGGUGCCCACCUUGCCGCGCCUUUCUACCGAAACUUACCGAGGCAUACAACAAGAUCAAGGCAAAUGAUGAUGCUUUUGAAGUGAUUUUCAUCUCUAGUGACAAGGACGAUGCCUCCUUUAGUGAUUUCUUUUCAGGAAUGCCAUGGCUGGCACUUCCCUUUGGGGACCCAAGGAAAGCAUCAUUGAGUCGCACGUUUAAAGUCUCUGGUAUCCCCAUGGUUGUAGCCAUUGGACCUAGUGGCCGAACUGUCUCAAAAGAUGCUAGAGAUCUCAUUAUGAUGCAUGGUGCGGAUGCUUAUCCUUUCACUGAUGAGCGAGUGAAGGAAAUCGAGGCCAAAAUUGAAGAGAUGUCAAAGGGGUGGACCGAGAAGGUAAAGCACGCGCUCCAUGAGCACGAGCUUGUGCUCACUCGUGGUGGAGCUUAUAUAUGUGAUGGGUGCAAUGAGGAGGGGAAUUUCUGGUCAUAUCUCUGUGAGGAUUGCGACUUUAAUCUCCAUCCCAAGUGUGCCUUGGAAGAAGUCAAAGAGCUGAAGGAUGAUUUUAAGGGAGAAGAAAAUCCCAAAGAAGGGUGGGUCUGUGACGGGGAUGUCUGCAAAAAAGCUUGAGAGUUCCGUUUCUGAAACUUUGAGAUGUUGAUCUUUGAUGACGGUUUUUCCUUCUUCCUGAGUAUUUUCUCGUUAUGCAAAUAAGGUUUCAUGAUAACCUGUUCCGUCCGGUAUGGCUUUGAAGUAUCUCAUCCGUAGUGUAUGUAAUAUAAUAUGAAUUUGGGUGUGCUAUUGUGUCGUAGUGGUCUAUCAUAAUGAAAGAUAAUUUGACGCAAAA